AUGACCAGACAAUCUAGCUCAGAGGUGCAAUACUAUGAAGAAUUCGUAUGGAAGGAAGACCUUUUUGCCAAUGCGUCGGAUUUUGAAGACCAGGGUCAAAAUCCCACCGAGCUGUGUUCAUUCUUCCCACCGAGCUUCUGGCGCAUUGUCAAAGAAGACCUGAAUGGUGCAUUCGGAUUAGAGAGGCAUGAAGGUACCUCCGAGUUAGCUUACGGUGUGUCUCUAAACUCUCAAAAGCUGUCUAAAAGUAGUAUUGACAUGAUUUCAGACGCAUGGAGCACAUUCAAGAUGAAACAUGUUUAUAAAGAGGAAGACAGUGGAGAGAUUGAAUAUAACUGGUCACAGGUGUCAGUCUUGACUCGCCAAUCAAAGACUAAACAGCUUGUGUUAUUUAUCGACAGUCCACCAGCCGUUGUUGAUCAAAUUGUACGAGAUUGUCUGCUUAACACGUCUCGUUCUGUGGGCCUUGCUAGCCAUGUUUCCUCGGCCUUUCAUGAUCCGUUCAUUUGGCAUGCUUUAUUGAUUGGGGCUUUAGAGACCGAGUAUGAGAAGGAUUAUUGGAAUUUGAGAAAUAUCGUACGAGGAAGGGAAAAGGGAAGAGAUGGAGAACCAGACUUUCCAUUGCUUCAUGACCUUGGUCGACAUUUGAUCCAUGCCAAGGAAAUAUUUGACGUUGCAAUCAACACAAUAGAUAGUAUAAUGCAUCACCACCAAAGUCUUUAUGGCGAGUUUCGGAAGGGAAAAGCAUUAGGCAUCGAAGAACAGACGUCUCGAGAAAGGCUACACAAUAUUAUUCAGGAGAAGCUAUACAUUUCAGAGAAGGAUAUGACAGCAAAAAAAGCGAGGGCUAUUAGCUUGAAUGAACGACAUCACAAUGAAAUCAACUUGGGUUACCAUGUGGUCACUCAAAAAGCCAACCAAUUAUCCAUCGAUAUCGCCAGGAUCGCGCGACGCGACAAUGCCACGAUGAAAGCUCUUGCUUUGAUUGGUGUGCUCUAUCUACCAGGCACAUUCAUAUCUGGCAUAUUUGGGUCUAACUUCUUCAACUACAAUCCGCCAAACAACGAUGGCUCGGCAGAUUGGAGGAUGUCCGAUAAGUUCUGGAUCUACUGGGUCAUUACGAUUCCUGUCACCAUAUUUACUGUGAUGUUGUGGGCCAUGCUGGAUGAAACAGUGAUGUUGUACAAGAAAUUCAUUGGCAUAGUGGAAGAUGCGAUGCAGAAAUGGUGGGACGAUCUUGCAAUAUUCAACAAACGAAGAGACGCAGAAGAAGAGUAUGACAUUGGCGGAUUCGGGGCUAACACUGAUAGCUAA